AUGAUGGAAGAACUGCAAGAGGAGCCAGUUCCUCGGGGUAGCUUAGAGUUCACCGAAAGCUCAAUUUUGGACACAAUUAUUCCUUUGGCUAGCGAUUUGAACAUAGAGGAGGCCUUGAGUGGUAGUGUAGAAAAGCUCGACGAGGGCAGUGGUUCUCCAUUAGCUGCCAUUCCUCAGAGGCAAGCUCUCUAUUUUGAUGAAACCGUCAACAUUUAUGUCGUUCUACAAACACCCUACUUUGACGAGCGAUCUCUUCGAUCAUAUCUCAACAGACUCAUAAUAAAUGUGGAAGCGCAGGUUAUAAAUGCAAAUACCGAGCAUCAAGAUAGCUCGGCGGGGCGUGAGCUUAUAUACAAGGGUUCGGUACAAGACACCGAUGAGCCAUUGAUAGUUGUACAAGGCUCAGAUGAGGCCGAUGACGCCAAUAACGAUGGUCACAUACUUCUGAUCUGGAAGCUAUCUGCAUUUCUUGCAAGACCACGGCUGCGUCUUCAAAGCCCUUCUGUGGUGUUUGCAGCCACAGCGAAACUCAAAGCAACCGAGCAAGUUGAUACAAAUACAUUGCGACAGGAAUAUCUCCCAAGCCAGGUACCAUCAGGGUUGAACCUUCUUGAGGCUUUCAGUGGCGAUCAGUAUCUCAAAGGUAUCAAACCACGACUGUCUGCAUUACGAGUCGCAAGAGUCGCUCCAGCAGCGCAAAUUGCUCGCGACUUGGCUCGUCCCCUGAAGAACAUCUCGCGGCAAUCAAUCAAAGCAUACCCAGCUAUAAAUGCCUGUGUGCGGUAUACAAGGCCGAAUGGUACACCCAACAAUACUUCAAUAAUAGCUUCGCUUGAUGUUGAUAUUACACCAUUCGUGAAUUGUGACAUUAUCCUCACAGAUCUCCAUAUAAAAGUGCAUGGUGGAGAGGUACAAGGAUUAAAUCAAAUCCCUGGACUAAUACUCCCAAUUAAUUGUCGACCUCAAGAUGAUAUCAGCUUCCUGUAUCGGAUAUUGCCUGAUGACAUUGACGCGACGAAUAAGUCUCAAAUUCGAGCCAUCGAUAUCUCCAUUACCGCCACGGCAAACGUCAAUGCUGUCUGUAAACCACAGAUCAUCAUGCAAUGGUCUACAUCCCUCGAUUUCACACCUCCGAUCAAUAACGGCUUUGGUCAACCUACGAAACCUAUUCAACGUGCUCAUCGACCCUCUGCGCUGUCUAUCGGCGCAACGUUUGACAGUAUUCCAACAAUCUCUUCCUUGGCAAUCAACCAUCCCGAUGCUCUCCCAAUAGUCGAAUCUACCCCCACGUCACGUCCGCACCAUCGCCAUCAAAAUUCUGUGCCAGAUUUUGGCGUCACUAUGACAUUCUCCUCUCCAUCUACAUCUCCCAUAUAUCCAGGUCACCCCUUCAUCUGGUCCAUCUUUAUAGUAAAUCGAUCCGAUCGACCUCGCAAGCUUGCCCUCCUUGUCUUGCCGAAACGGCGUCGAACCGAAGCUCGCAUAACACGCCCUCCUUCUGCCGGUCAUGGUAGCGCCCGUCGCGAUCCAAAGGUUGCGGAUGCUGUCCUCGAUGACAACAUAAUCUACGCCAUGCAACGAAACUCAGCCAUGGAGUCCAGCGAAGUCGUAUGUCUGAGCACAGAUACCCGUGUAGGACCACUUGCACCACUAGCAUGCUACGAAGUGGAAUUGAAAUUCAUGGCGCUGAAGGAAGGAAUUGUAGGGGUAGAGGCAGUGAGGGUGGUGGAUUUGGGAACUCAGGAACAUGUAGAUAUCAAGGAUUUACCGACGAUAGUCGUUAGACCUGAACCAAAAGAGUAA